AUGAAGCACGCGAUGGUCAUGGAGCUCACUGAUGGCAAGCUGUUUCAUGCACCGAUCGGCGACUCACCCAGCAAGAUUAUUGAUCUAGGCACGGGCACUGGCAUGUGGGCCAUGGAAGCCGAAGUUACCGGCGUGGACUUGUCUCCAAUCCAGCCAACCUGGGUGCCUUCUAAUGUACACUUCUUCGUGGAUGAUGUGGAAGAUGAGUGGCUGUCCGGGGACAAUUUCGAUCUCAUCCAUAUGCGAAACUUGGCAUCUCUCGUGCACGACCUCCCAAAGCUUCUCAAACGAGUCUUUGACAAUCUCAAGCCUGGGGCCUAUGUUGAAACACAAGACUUCAGCGCCAACGUCAAAUGCGAUGACGGUACUAUGCCCGAAGACUGGCCCCUGCUGGAAUUUUGGUCCAAGAUACGCGACGCCAUGCACCAGAUGAAGAUUGACAUUCAAGUCGCCCCGCGCAUCGGCGCCCUCAUGAAGGAUGCCGGCUUCGUCAAUGUCCAACUCAAAUCGUACAAAGUGCCAGUCGGCCGUUGGCCUCUCAACAAGACACUGCGGCUAGUCGGGUAUUACAUGCGCUCAGUAACGGAGGAUUUCUUGGGCGCUGCUGCGAGCAAGCCUUUGGCAGCUCUGGGGAUGGAGCGGACAGAGAUCGAGGUAUUUCUCGCAUCAGUCCGGAAUUCGAUCAAAGAUCCGAAUGUGCAUGCGUAUGGCACGUAUUAUUCUUGGGUUGGACAGAAGCCAGUAGAGUCAGGUCCUGAGUGA